GCCAAAGAGUAGUGCUAAUAACAGAACCUGUUUGACAUCUCUACAUGUUUUGUAAAAUGUCACAAACGGCAAACAAACCUUGUUAGUGUUUAAACCAGUGCAUGACACCUUACCUAGUCGCACAACUCUUGAGAGCGACAUCUUGGGCUUUCAGCACCCUGCCGCCGCCUCCCUGAAUAGUGUCCGGUUCAACCCGUAGCAACCACAAACGGGUACGUAAUUUUCGUCGUAACUGAUAUUACGACUGCCAAAAAACGGCCAUUAGUAAACAUGAUAUCCACACGGGAGCGACGGAAUCAUUCUAAAAAAAUUGAACAAAAAUCGUAUGCCAGGGACAGAUAUAGAUUAACUCAUGAUGUGAGCCCAGAUGAAAGCAUUGACUUGGGUUUGGAUAGAGAUAUUAUUGACUUGGAUGAUUAUUAUGAAGAAAAUGGUAUAUCGGCUUCUACCACCGAAAUUAAAUCAAGGAAACCCCCAACAUUAAACACCAAGCCUGUGAAUUCAACAUUCAAUCUGGACAGACAUGGAGAUGGAGUCAAUUCAGUACAGGACAGCUUUAAUAUCAUGGGUCUCUCUCAUAAAGCUGAAUUUAAUAACAACUUAGAAAAAGAAAAAACCAAAUGGAUAUACAACUAUGAAGAUGAAUACAGCAAGAAAAAGACAAGCACUUCUAGGCAAAGACAAGAUACCAGUGAUGUCAUUUCAAAUGGAACUGGAUAUGAAAACUUUCCAAAAAAUGAAUAUGUUAGAACAGCUAAAAAUGGCCAAGAUGCUGCUAGGGCAGACAGAAAACCAAGACGUCUCCCUCAAAUUCCACCAUCUCUGUCAGGUGAAGAUGAAUUCCAGGCAGUGUCCAAUGGGACUGUACCAGAGUCGCAAAGUGAAAGGCAUGAUCUUCAUUUGCCUCAGCAUAAAGCUAGUCCUAUGUCCAUAUCAACCUCCUCAGAGAAAUCCCUUGCUGAAGAAAUAUGGGAUGCUGAGCACCCCCAACCAAGUGACCGUACCCCUCUUCAGACACCGGAGACUUUUUCCCCCAACCUCCCCUUUUCUGAUGAAGGAGAAGAAGAGUAUGAAGAAAAUCCCCACUUCUUUCAAAGAGACAGAGCACUUACAGAUGAUAUGCAUUUGAAAUUCAAUACUACAUCUGCAAAUAACAAGGCAUUUCUGAGUUUUGACAAUGUUUACCUGAUGGAAGACUCAUCACCAGAAGAGAAACCAAGAAAGAAACCAGCAUCUCCGACUCAAAGAUUGGGAAAGAUUCCAGGUGUGGAGUCAAAAGGUGCAAUAUCGAGAAGCAGCUCAUGUUUAAGUGACUUGUGCAUAGAAUCAACUCAUAGGGGAGCUCACAAGUUUAUACCUAGGCAUAGUGAUGAAAUUGCAGUGGAGAUUGGAGACCCCAUAUAUGUAGAGGAAGAAGCAGAUGACUUAUGGUGUCAUGCUGUAAAUCUCAGAACUGGAAAAAGAGGCAUUUUUCCAUCAGCAUAUGUUUAUGAAAAGAAUCUCUUUCAUGAUGAGGAAACGGAGGAAGAUAAGAACAGAGUUGAUAAAUUCAUGCUGUAUUUUCUGGGUUCCAUCGAAGUGAAUUUCCACAAGGGUCAUGAUGUUUUGUGCCAAGCAAUACAUAAGGUAGCUUUGACCAGAAGAAUGACUUUGAACACAACACCACCUCCUCAGUGUAGAUUGGAAAUUAGUUCAUUUGGAAUUAAAAUGAUUGUCAAAACAAAGUCAAAAGAUAAGGCCAAGGAAAAAGAAUCUCUUUCUUCUUCCCUCUCAAGCCUUAGAAGUUCUUUCAGGAAGAAACUUGGGAAGGUGUUGGGAAAUAAGGACAAGUCAGGAAAUGCCCAUUUUUUCUCAUUGAAGAAUGUCUCAUUCUGUGGAUUUCAUCCAAAGAACCAAAAGUAUUUUGGGUUUAUCACCAAGCACCCGACAGAAGGUCGCUUUGCUUGCCAUGUCUACAUUGGUGAGACGUCAACAAAACCAGUCGCAGAAGCUGUUGGGGAUGCCUUCAAGAGAUUUUACCAGGAAUAUAUGGCUUAUUCACACCCUACAGAAGAUAUUUAUUUAGAAUGAAAUGAUAAAUUGAUCAACUGGAACUUCAUGGCCCAUAAGGAAGAUAUGGACCUUUUAUCAAACUUUUAAGUAGCCACGUUCCCUCUCCCUCUCCCCCAAGCUUGAACUAAGGCAUGAAUAGUUGCAUUACCUCUUUCAAGAAUGUCUAUAAAAUGUUGUUGUUGAAUUAUCAUUUGAUUUACCUUGAACUCAGUGUUAUAUUCAGUUUGUGCGGAGUUUACUUUUCACGGGUAGGAUAUAAUUGUACCACAACAUUUUCUCAUAAACGCAGUGUAUUCCUAUAAUUUACUUUUACAAAGAGAGUCAACAGGCAUCUAUUUACUUUUGCAAAGAGAAUCAACAGGCAUCUGCUUGUUGCUUACAUUUUCAAUUUCUUUAAUCAAGUGAUAUACAUCUCUGGACAAAUUUGAAAUGAACACAAAACUUAAAGUCAGUGCUCAAAAACCUCUAUUUAUACCAUGAAACAGUUGUUAAUUAGUUGCUUUAAAUUUUUAAUAAAAUUUAAAAUGAAAUGAAGUUGCCCUUCAUUGUAAGGAUACUAUUUAAGGUAGUGUUGCUUAUGUUUUUCUGUUGCACAUUUGGAGCAAAUUUGCCUUGAAACUCGCAUAUACAUAUCCCUAAUAUUUUGUUGGAAAAUACUCUUUUAAAGCAUCACAGAUAAAAAAAAAAUUAUGAAUAGUAAAAGUUAUUAAAAAAUAACAUAUCAUAGUGUAGAGAGAUGUUUGCAGUGCAUUAUAAAGCAUUCAUCUGUUGAAUAUAAAGACUUAUUGUAUGAUGGUUAUAUGAUACUUUAAUGCAUUUUCCUUUCUUUCAUUAGGUCUUGGUAUGUCUAUUACUGAUUUUUUAUAGUGAGCAAUUUAUCAUGAAUCAUGAAAGUACAGUUCCUUAUGUUUAGGCUUAUUUCACAUGCAAAUCCUCUUGGUUGAUCUGCAUAUCAUUUUUUCUGAAAUAUUUUACCAUUUUACACAAUUUGGUGGCUUUUAGUCACUUUUUUCCAUAUAAAAACAUGAUAUUAUAACAUUCUCUUAAACAAGGUUUGUUCCAUAUAUUAUGGAGAGUCCAUUUUUUAUUUAUAUUUUAACAACUGCUUACUACACAUGGUGUUUGGUUACUUAUGUGCAAAUCUUGCCAAUAUUAAAUAUUUAUUUAUGAAGUGGUAAUUACUUGUCUUUCAACAUAAUUGUAUAAUUCUUUAUCAAAUUUAAUAUAUAAGAAUUUAAUAUUUACACUUAAAAUUAUGAUAUGUGAUAUAGAAGCAAACAAAGAGUGAAUAUUAAUCACAUAAUGGACACUCGCCUACAGAUUGUAUGAACACCAAGGUGAUAUAUAUAUAUAUCCAACAAACUUCAUCAAGAAACAACAAAUUGUUGCCUUUGUAGUGUUCCAUGUAAGUGCAGUUCAAUGCCUGUAGAUGUAGGCCCCCUCCUUGAUCCCUCUAUAGAACCAAUCGUCCUUCAUGUCAAAAGAAUAGUGUAGUCCUUGAGAGGUCUAAAUAUGGCAGAAUCAAACAUACUCCCAUGGCUUGGAAGUCUGUGUUGUGUCAUCCUGUUCUUAAGAGAUUUUGUUUCAUGACAACUUGUGUAUAAUGUAUCAUCUACAAACUGGGGAGAACAUCCGCUCAGUUUCCAAACAUUCCAGAGCUCACGAGUGUCCAACAUGUGAUUACAUUUUCAUUCUUUGCACAGCUGGAUCACUCAAAUAUAUACACCCAAAGGUUAUAUUAUAGCAUUAUAAUUAAUUUUAACUGGAAAAAAAAUUAAAACAUGCAAAUUUGGAUUGUGUUUUUGUGUCAGAUGGGGAAGUACCAGACAUCUCAGAUAUUAUACAGACUUGCAACAGAUUCAACUUAGAGUAUUUAUUUUGUUAGUCCUUUCAAUAUAGUUUUACAACUCAUUUAACAAACAUUUAUCGUUUUAGCAGUUUUAUUUUUAGAAAUGAUCAACGUGUUGUGCCAAAGACUUAAGUGUUUACUUAUAUUUACAAUUGUUAUCAAUUUAACUUACGUUUAUCUCUGUAUUACUAAAUGGUGCUCUCUCUAUAAUCUGUAACUUACAUAUAAGUCUUUCUUAGUUUUGCAUGGUUUAUCAUGAUAAAAUUAACUUUUUUUUACUGCUUAAUAGCAUUAGCAUAGACAUUCCAUGUAUAGCUAUUAAUUCUAACUAAGAUUUUAUGGUACACCUUGAAGGCAACAACCUGAAGAAAGGUAUGACAAUGUAUGCAAUGUUAAUAAAUCAGUCUGUGUUAGGUAGAAGUUCAAGGUGUGCAGGUUGUAAAGUAUGCUGCUUUCUGAAAUAAGUCAAACAGAGUAAUAGAAAGGGUGAAUGCAUGGAAUUGACAAAAUACAUCAUGGAAUAAAAUAUCAUUCACAACCGC